AUGUCAGUGCUAAGCCAACUGCUGCUCAACUUCAACCAGAAAGCCCAAACCAGGAGCCGCCACAACAUAGAGCUGAUAAAUUCGUUCAUAACAUAACGACAGGCCGACCGACGAUAGCACUUGAUAGCAUAUCAUCCAACGUUAGGGAGAAAUUUGCAAACAUUUUUUACCGGAAGAGAAAAAAGAAAUCAAAUCAAAA